CCCGCCCGAACAGUCCCGGCGGGGACGGGGAGGCGGCCUGAGCGGAGGGCGAGCAGAGCGGCUCCGCGGCGUGAGCCGGCAGCCGCGAGUGGGCAAGGGGCCCACGGGUGUGUGUGUGUGUGUGUGUGUGUGUGUGUGUGAGGGGGGGGGGGGUGGAGGAUCGGCCCGCGGGGUCGCCCCGUCGCUUUGCGGCCGCCAUGGAGGUGUGCGAGAGCGGCGGGGAGCAUCCGCCGCUGCUGCACUGGGACCGCAAGCUGAGCGAGCUGUGCGAGCCCGCCGACCCCGACACCCUGCUGUGCCACACGCACUUCACAGAGUUCCUGGAUGAGUUUUCACCUGAUGUCCUAGGCCAGCUCUUGAAUGAUCCCUUCUUGUCUGAGAAGAAUGAAAUAAUGGAGGUGGAACUGUCUCCGGCAUCGCCAGCGCCCCUCAUCCAGGCAGAACACAGCUACUCCCUCUGUGGGGACUCUCGACCCCAGUCUCCCUUGACCCACAUCUCGACCGAUGACAACUUUAAUGAAGGUGACCUGGAAAAUGAGGAAUGGUGUCUGGGUACAGAGCUGACUCCAGCAGCCAUAAAGACUGAGCCAGCGUUGUGUGAGACGUCAGGCCUUGCUCCCUCCGUCAGUCUCACUGUCACAGCCACGUCGCUGGAGGGGGAACAACCUGAGCUACAGACGGAUGCCCUGAUGAAACCACUGAGCCAGAAAGUUCUUCCAGAGAUUAAAUUGGAGCCCCAUGAAGUUGAUCAGUUCCUGAACCUCUCUUCUAAGGAAGCAGUGGAUCCCCUGCAUUUGCCUCCAACCCCUCCCAGCAGCCAUGGCAGCGACUCUGAGGGAGGGCAGAGCCCAGCUAGGUCGCUCCCUCCUUCAAGCCCAAUUCAACUCCAAGCCACGGCUAAAGUGACAUCACGCACAGCUUCAGCGCUCUCCAACUCCCCUCUCCUGACUGCACCACAUAAAUUACAGGGGACUGGCCCACUCAUCCUGACAGAGGAGGAGAAGAGGACACUGAUAGCAGAGGGGUACCCAAUCCCUACCAAACUGCCCCUGACAAAAGCAGAAGAGAAGGUGCUGAAGAAAAUCCGCAGGAAAAUAAAGAACAAGAUCUCUGCCCAGGAAAGUAGAAGAAAAAAGAAAGAAUACAUGGACAGUCUGGAAAAAAAAGUUGAGACUUGUUCAAAUGAAAAUAGUGAGCUGCGUAAGAAGGUUGAAGUCCUGGAGAAUACUAACAGAACACUUCUGCAGCAGUUGCAGAGACUCCAGGCCGUGGUUGCUGGGAAAGUGUCCCGUUCAUGUAAGGCAGCUAGCACACAGACAGGGACCUGUCUUAUGAUGGUGGUGCUGUGCUUUGCAGUGGUUUUUGGCAGCUUCUCUCAGAGCUAUGGGCCGUAUCCUUCUGCUACAAAGAUGGUGUUGCCCAGGCAGCAUUCCUCGCCAGAGUCCUACACAGACUCCAUUGUGAGGUCAAGGAGUCUGCUACUUUAUGAAGAGCCUCACCAGCUGGAGGAAUCGUCGAGCCCGAUCUCCUUCGCAGAUCGCACCGACCGGCAGGCCGACACCUCCAAGUACGCAGCGCUGUCCCUGGAAGCCGUGCCGGGGACGCAGCAGGAUGAUAUCAUGCAGUUCACAAUAGCCAACGAGACAAGGCUGGAGAAAUCCGUGCUGCUGGGCCUGCAGCAGCACAGAGUCAGCUCCGAACUAGAAGGCAAUGAAACACUGAAGAUAAUUGAAAUAGAUAGAAGAGUCAAUGCCACCUCUUAAAAAUAAAAAAAAAGGCCUUUUUUCUUGACUUCCCUCUUUCCCACAUAUUUUCAACCAAAGUCCCCCUGACUUGUCAUCCUCAGCGAACCAAAGCACAAAGGAGAGGGAGUUCGACUUCUGCAUUGACUGGUGAGGCUGUGACUGCAGAUGGGAUCUCGUCUUUGUAACUCCCUUCCUUACUUCACACACAGUCCCUGUCUUUGCUUUUAUUCCUUUCCUGCCUGGUACCGCAAGGGCAGGAUUGAAUUAGGAUGGCAGACGAUGCCAGCAGCGUGCCAGUGACCGGUGGGGGGGGGGGGUGUGUGCAUGCAUGCACACAUCCUAAUCUGAGCACAAUGACAUUCUGUAGAAGAGUGACAUACGCAAAACCGAUGGGAGCAUGUGGGUGAGAGGUUUCUUGGGAGAAGGUAAUUGAGAGGAAGAGGAGAUGCAGCAUGAUGCUGCUCAGAAUCUAGCCACAGCUCCGUGCCUACAGCACUUAGGCCUGUUGGGAGGGAUUGAGAAGGAUGUGUGCAGCCUGGUUCUGAAGGAACAAGCAAGGGCCCUGCUACUGUUGAGUUAACAGCAUGGGCGGGAGAGGGUUGGGCAGUGAUGCUGCUGAAUUGUCCUCCCCUAGCUCUUUCUCUUCUCCCCUCCAGCCCCUUUAUCAUUCAGGGGGGUAGGUUUCUCUCUGGGUUGCCAGCAGCCCUGGUAGGCUUCCCUACUGCUUCCACCCUUGUGGAAUUCAAGCAAAGAUCAGUUGCUCUCCUGUCGCGCUUUGUGUGGGAGAAUUACACUAGUUUAACUUAACCUGUUUAGAAAGCAGGUUUUGUUAAAUUUAUGCAAUGUUUUGGAUGGAUGUCCUUCGGACUGCUUAAGGCGAAUCUGUUUAGCUUAAGUCGGUUCCUUCCCAACAAACCAAAUCAAUGUAAGGCUUAAACCAGAAGUGCCUCCUGAGAGGACCAUAUGGAUUUAAUUUAUUGGCUUCUUGAUGCAUUGAUGGAAUUUCUUAUGUAGACCUGAUCUCAGAUUGUCCUGUGUUUUCCUUUCCUUGCCAUCUUCCUGUUACUGUUGUAAAUAGUAUUUAUUAGCUUUGCAAAAGUUUUGUUCAGGCAGUCACAAUGAAGAGGGCCGAGCUUCCCCGACCCUGCAAGUGGUCUGGGCAAACUCUGAAAUCAGACACACAAAUAUCACUGCACGCCCAUCCCCUCCCCCCCAAACUUGAAUUGCCCGAAAAUAAAGCCAUCUGACUUAUCGUCCUCUUACCUCCUUUUCCAGAGAUGUGGUCUUAGACCAACUGCUUAGCUGAAAAUACAGGGGUGUGGGUAGCCCCAGCUAGGCACGGGUCAGGCCUGGAGGUGGCAGAUAUUCUCUUAGCAGCACGGCAAGACAGCCGCUGACCCGAGGAGUUGGGUGUGCAGGCAGGAGACAGGGCAGAAGAGGGAUGAGGUGGACACAAAGUCACGAGCAGCAUUCAGGUCUCCUCCUGCUCCAGUACUCUUCUCCCUGCUUUGUUUCCUCCUUGUCCCAUGGAGCUGUUGCCUUUAAGGGUUCUCCCUCUCUCAGUACCCUGGUCCUGCCUUUUCCCAAGCUGUGCUUCUUGCAGUUUGUCCUUGCAGUGGCACAGUCCCCAGGAUUUGAGCAGGGUUUUUUCUGGUUAUUACAGGAGGGCACUCAGAUCCUACUGAGGAUGGAUUUAAUGUGAAAGUCCUAAUUCAGCAGGCUAGCAUAGCUACUUUACAGUUUACCAGAAGAAGUCGAUUUAAAAAAAAAAAAAAAAAAAAAAAGAAUAAAGAAAUCUGAAGCUCUUUUUUUUCUUUCAUUUUUUUCCUAACGAUAAAUAAGGGAAAAAUUAACCUAGCCUUACAAGUGAUUUUUUUACCGUGUACAGUAGAUAUUUCCUGCAAGUAUUUUGUAAAAUACUGGAUUUCUAUUUUAUUACAGCAGCUGCCAUACUAGCUCCUUUCUUGAUCUUCAUUCUCCUUAGGAUUCCUUCCUUCAGUAUCUUAUUUGCUGCCCUCAGGCCUGACUCAAAACUCAGUGAAAUGAAUGGAAGGAAUUUGGUGAAUUACAGGGGGGUUGUGGAUCAGUCCCUACCCGUGCCAUUUUGAGAAGGUGUUUCACAUUAGUGACAGUGAAACAUGGGCCUGACUCCGUGAGCUAGUAAUGAGUUUUGGUGUACAGACAUGCUUUCUAGGUAGUGCCCUAGUCUUCUAUUCAAGUGCCUUUUUAUUAUUUCACCUUUGGUGGCAACGAGAAGAGAAAUGCUGUUGUCAUCUAUUUUUCACAGGUUUCCUUCUAGGCAUGGGCCAGUUUCCUCCCUAAAAUCUCUUUCCCUUCACAGUGAUCGUGCUGGGUCCUCUGAAUCAUUCCAGUGUCCACCAACAGCUUUUGUGUGGUUAUUUUUUUAUUUUUUAUUUUUUAUUUUUUUUUUGAACAAUGUAAGGCUCCACAUAAUGAACACUGGUGGGUGCCACAAGGGAUGGCUGCAUUGCUUAGCCACAUGAGGUCAGCAAAGUGACAGGAGAAAGCUGGGACUGACCCUCCCCGUUACCUUACGGCUGGUCAGCGUAAGCGAGCACGGUCAUAGUUUAGAAAAAUCCUGAAAUGGACUUUAUUUUUUUCCAGAGCACCCGUGGUUUGCCACCUCCGAGGGCAACUGAGUGGUUAAGCCUUCUGCAGGAGAGUUCCCGGGCUGCUGAGCGCAGCGCCGCUCUCACUAGCCUGCAGUUUGAACUGUGCCUAAGUAGGAGGCCGCUCAGCUCAUGCCCCUUACCAGUUAAAUGGAUCACCUCCCGCUGCAGGUACAGCUGACUUCACAGUACUAAAACCAAAAUUGAAUUAUUUUUCAGUACGUAAAGGACAGGCGUUUUCGCGAAACCCAAACAACCCCCCCCCCCCCCUCUCCGAAACCUACUUGCACCAGUCACCGUUAAAGCUUUGCCCUUUUGUUUGCUUAAUUUGAGCAUCCUGGUUCAGAUCUAAUUGGGAGAUGGUCGUGUUUCCAUCUGGAGCAUUUUACACCGGCCGCGUUCUGGGUCAGGCCUCUGAACUAAUUCGUCCAAGCCAGUGUGAUCAUACCGAUUUUCUUGUAACUGUUCGAUAAUCUCUUUCUGUAAUCUUAAUUUGUGGAAUCCUCUGCGUUAUUUCUAGGUACUCUUUCGGGGGAAUCUCUUGACCUAGCACGCACGUUGCUGGGGGAUUUAUUAUAUUGAGUGUUACUUCUUUAUAAUAAGGAAAACCUUCGCUUUCCCGUGGCACGGCUGUCGUCAUUUUUCUUCAGGGCCCUUAACAGAACAGGUUUCUCUGCUAGAUCCCAGGGGCCCAAGAAUCCCCCCCCACCAUCGCCUGCCCGCAGGUGGCUUUGUGACAAGGCCCUCGCUGUCCCCAGAGGCAGCUCGUGCCCGUGCUGGGUGCCUGGCAGGGGGACAGAGGACGGGACGCGGCAGGCCGAGGCAGCUGUUGGUGCUCCGGGCACGGGGAAGGAGUAGGGAGACCUUUUCCAGGAGGGUGCCGGUGUAAGUGCUUUUAAUUAGCUCAGCUGUAUUCCUUGAGGUCUUCUGCCCGUAUCCUUUUCUGCAGUGAUCAGUGGACUUGGUGCUGUGGAAUAACGUGCGUGUGUGGACGAGGCAGGCAAAGCCCUUCUGUUGUGCUGCUUAAUUUCCGUUUCCACCAGAAGACGUAAGCGAUCCUUGGAGUCUCCAGCUGUAACGUUGUGCUGCUUGUCAGCACGAUUUUACACACGCUAGUAAACUUAGCUUUUGGCCUAUAGCUUUAAAGCAUGGCUAGAUCUGUCGGGUCUUUGCUUCUAGGGAGAUAAGCUAUGAAGGAAUGGAGGGCAUUAUUUUUUUUAUAUAUGUGUAUUUAAAAAGUAUCAAGCACAGGGCAUGUGACAGUUCUAACCUUCUUACCAGUGUGUAGAUAAUGUUGUGUUGUUUUUUUUUUUUUCCUUUUUUCCCCCAGGCUAUUUAUAGUUCUUCGCUGCGUUUCUCUUAUUUCAUCUGUACCAUUCAAUAUUUUUCAGCAGCACAGACUGAUAAUGGAUUAGGCUGAGGUUCUUAGGCCAGAUCCCAGCUGAUAGAGCGCAGCACGCUUUUCACCGUGUUUGGAGGCUGCAGGUCUGAUUUAUAUUGGCAGAGGACCCUUCCAUAUCUCUCCAUAUAAAAGUGUAUCUCAAUGUUUUCCUGAUUUUUCCAAUGCAGAGCCGAAAAUGAAUCUAAAAACUUUUCUUCUUUGUUUUUUUGCCUUUUUUUUUUUUUUUUUCCUCUCCUAAUAAAGAAACCAACCCACCUCUCCACUCCCAUCCUCCCAAACUGUCAGUGGUGAAUUCUGUCUAGACACAUUUAGAAUGUAGGUCAAGUAAAUGAAUGAUACUAAUUGCUACGUUGGGAGGGAUUUCCACUGAGUAUUUGGGCUCUAGAUUCUAGCUAAUGCCAAGAGGCCAUUGUACAAAACCCAUGCAGCUAAGAACAGAAGUAUAUGGAGUAUUUUUAUACUCCUGGUGACUGAAAUAUUUCUUUCUCAAGUCACUAAUUAGAAAGGGAACAUUUUGUAUUCUGAAGGUGAAAUGGUAGGUCAGUACUUUGUAACUACAAAAGUUAUACUAGCCUAUAUAAGUAGUGUAGUGCUAUGAUGUAUUGCUGCUUUGCACUAUAGUGUUAGGGAUAAACAACUUUAGGGUUUGCAAAGAUGAAUGAACUGGCUUACACGCUAAAGCCUUUACAGAUAAGAUGUAAGGAUUCAGUCAGUGGGCCAGGAUAUUGUCGCUUUCUCAUGGCCAGCAAAAUGACAGUGGGCGUUCAGGGCGACGUCGAGGGUGUGAUCCCAGUUCGUACCGCACCGCUCAGGCCAUCAGCCUCCAGUGGAGGCUCUGGGAUCGGAAUUGCCAUUUGGGUUUGUGGUUUUCACGUCAGGCCUUUUUCUGCUCUACCAAGCUAUAUAUAUGAAUUGACUUCCUACGUAGAAAAGAGUGCCUCUCGCUGGAAACUCUCACGGAGUUCUGAUAUUAGUACCAGUAGUCUCUUCUCUGCCCUAAAGCCCCUGUCCAUACUCUUCCUCCAAGAGUUGGGACUGAAUAGGUAAGAGCAAAACACGGGAAAGCUGGACGUGUUGACCUGUCUUACAGAAAAGAUGAAAGAAGUGCCAGGUGGAGGGACUCUGGACAUCACAGGGAGACCUUCUAGCUCUUGAUUCCAUAACUCAGCAAGGAUAGGCUUUUUCAUUAGUUCCACCCUUGUUUUAGCUUUACACUUCCCCUUGCUCUUUAAUACUGUGCAAUCCUGUUUGUGCAUACCUGACCUUUGUGGUAUAUGCCACUUUCCCUUCCAACCAGCAGGUAAAAAUCUUUUUGAACUUUAGCAGCCCAUAAUUAAGGGAGUGGAAGGGAGAGAGGGGGGGGAAGCAGAGGCAAGUAAUCAAUUUCUUUUGACAGAACUCCGCUCUUAUCUGACUUUGCCAUAUCAGAUUUUAAUUCAAUGGUGCUGACGUAUUGGCGUCUCGCUUUCAUUUGUACAGUUAGCCAGAAUGAGCGUGAGCGUGUGUGUAUCUGUGCACAUGGGCAUGAUGAGCAAUUAAAAAAACAAACAAACAAACAAACAAAAAAAAA